UUUGGCCUUAAAAGUAGCAACAAUAAUCAUGCUUUCCAUUCUCAUCUUUUUCUUCUGCUUUCCCUCUGUAGUUUUUUCCAUUUCGAAUUGUAAGAAGAUUGAUUUGCCACUGACAGCGGUUGGCCCUGAAUCCUCCACCUUCGACUCAUGGGGACAAGGACCUUACACGGCUAUAUCAGAUGGAAGAGUUGUGAAAUAUAAUGGACCAGGAGUUGGUUAUGUAGACUAUGUCAUCACUUCACCAUUUAGGUCUAAGAGAGAGUGUGAUGGUACCAAUAACCCAGAGUUGUGGCCUAAAUGUGGGAGACCAAUUGGGAUUGCCUUCUACUUUCUGAAAAACCAGCUCUUUAUUGCCGAUGCUUAUCGAGGACUACUCGUUGCAGGACCUAAUGAAAGGCUUGCAACACAAAUUGCCACUAGCGCAGAAGGGCUACCCUUCAAAUUCCUUGAUGGUUUAGAUGUUGACCAACUAACAGGAAACGUCUACUUCACAGAUGCCAGCUCUGUAUACACCUUAAGGCAAUUUGCACAAGCUGUUGCUGCCAACGAUGCGUCUGGAAGGUUACUAAAGUAUGACCCCAAAACCGGGCAAGUUACAGUACUGCAAAGGGGGCUUUCAGGAGCAGCUGGGGUUGCUGUGAGCUUAGACAGCUCAUACGUCCUUGUCACAGAGUACAUCGCUAAUAGAAUUCAGAAAUUUUGGCUGAGAGGUCCCAAAGCCAACACAUCAGAAAUCUUGGUUACCUUGGAAGGAAGGCCUGACAACAUUAAGAGGACACCAGCUGGGAAUUUCUUGGUGGCUGUGACAAUACAAAAUGCAAGUACACAAACAAUUGUCGCCACGGCAGUAACAAUAAAUGGAGUGGGCAACAUUCGGCAGAGUGUGUCUCUUGGCCCCCCAUAUGAUAAUACGUCAAUUAGUGAAGUUUUAAAGUUUCGUCAUUCAUAUUAUAUAGGAUCCUUGAUGGCUGAUUUUCUUGGUGUUUGUAACUAAUGUAAUGGGUUCUGGCUGUCGUUUGUAUACCUAAUUAAAAACUAGACAAAAUAACUAUAUUGAAUAAAUAUAACAGAAAAUUUCAUUUUA